AUGAACCCGGACGCGACGACGCCGCCGUCGUUUGUCGUGCUCUCGGCGCCGCUCGUCAUCGCCUUCCUCGACAUCAUGCCCCUCUCCCACGGCCACCUGCUCGUCUGCCCGCGCGCGCACCGGCCCAAGCUGACGGACGCGACGCGCGAGGAAUCCCUCCAGAUGGGCAACCACCUGCGCGUGCUGUCGGCCGCGCUGGCGAGAGCGACCGGCGUCCAGGACUGGAACGUGGUGCAGAACAACGGGGCCGCCGCGGCGCAGGUCGUCCCCCACAUGCACUACCACAUCAUCCCGCGGCCCGAGAUCCGCGCGAGCGGCAGGCUGAGCGAGAGCUUCACCAUGUUUGGGAGGGGCCAGCGCGAGGAGCUGGACGACGGCGAGGCCGAGAGCCUGGCGGGGAGAAUACGCGCCGAGGUGGCGUGUGUCUUGGCCGAGGAGCUGCAGGACGAAAAGGGCAAGAUUAACGCCAACCUGUAG